AAUGUCUUCAGCCUGCUGCACUCCUAACUUAAGCAUUUAUUCCACUGGGAUAGAAGCGGUAGGAGCAGCGUUGGCACCGGCGAACCAUGGCUGGGAUUUUCUAUUUCGUCCUCUUUUCGUUUCUCUUUGGGACUUGCAACGCUGUCACCGGUUCCAGGGUGUACCCCGCGAACGAAGUUACCUUAUUGGAUUCCAGAUCCGUUCAGGGAGAACUUGGGUGGAUAGCGAGCCCUCUGGAAGGAGGGUGGGAGGAAGUGAGUAUUAUGGAUGAAAAAAAUACACCCAUCCGAACCUACCAAGUGUGCAACGUGAUGGAACCCAGCCAGAAUAACUGGCUCCGAACUGACUGGAUCACCCGAGAAGGAGCUCAAAGGGUGUACAUUGAGAUCAAGUUCACCUUGAGGGACUGCAAUAGUCUUCCAGGCGUCAUGGGGACUUGCAAGGAGACGUUUAACCUGUACUACUAUGAAUCGGACAACGACAAGGAGCGUUUUAUCCGAGAGAGCCAGUUUGCCAAGAUCGACACCAUCGCCGCUGAUGAGAGCUUCACCCAAGUGGACAUCGGCGACCGAAUCAUGAAGCUGAACACUGAGGUCCGAGAUGUAGGGCCACUGAGCAAAAAGGGGUUUUACCUGGCUUUUCAGGAUGUGGGCGCCUGCAUUGCCCUGGUGUCUGUCCGCGUGUUCUACAAGAAGUGUCCGCUCACAGUGCGCAAUCUGGCCCAGUUUCCAGACACCAUCACGGGGGCUGAUACGUCUUCUCUGGUGGAAGUCCGCGGCUCCUGUGUCAACAACUCAGAAGAGAAGGAUGUGCCAAAAAUGUACUGCGGGGCAGAUGGUGAAUGGCUGGUACCCAUUGGCAACUGCCUCUGCAAUGCUGGGCAUGAAGAGCGGAAUGGAGAAUGCCAAGGAGGUGAUAAGGAACUAGCAAGAGUCUUCUUAUUUCAUCUGUGGUCAGAGGCGAUAUUAAAUUCUUGCAAAAUUGGCUAUUACAAAGCCCUCUCCACGGAUGCCACCUGUGCCAAGUGCCCACCCCACAGCUACUCUGUCUGGGAAGGAGCCAUAUCCUGCACCUGUGAUCGAGGCUUUUUCAGAGCCGACAGUGAUGCUGCCUCAAUGCCCUGCACCCGCCCACCUUCUGCACCCCUAAACUUGAUUUCAAAUGUCAAUGAGACUUCAGUGAACUUGGAAUGGAGCAGUCCUCAGAACACAGGUGGCCGCCAGGACAUUUCCUACAAUGUGGUGUGCAAGAAGUGUGGAGCUGGUGAUUCUAGCAAGUGCCGACCCUGUGGCAGUGGGGUCCACUACACCCCACAGCAGAAUGGCCUGAAGACCACCAAAGUCUCCAUCACUGACCUCCUGGCUCAUACCAAUUACACAUUUGAAAUCUGGGCGGUGAAUGGAGUGUCCAAGUAUAACCCUAGUCCGGAUCAGUCAGUGUCUGUCACCGUGACAACCAACCAAGCAGCACCAUCAUCCAUUGCUUUGGUCCAGGCUAAAGAGGUUACCAGAUACAGUGUUGCCCUGGCUUGGCUGGAACCAGAUCGGCCCAAUGGAGUGAUCUUAGAGUAUGAAGUCAAGUAUUAUGAGAAGGAUCAGAAUGAGCGAAGCUAUCGCAUUGUCCGGACAGCUGCCAGGAACACUGAUAUCAAAGGUCUGAAUCCUCUGACUUCCUAUGUUUUCCAUGUCCGGGCCAGGACAGCAGCUGGUUAUGGAGAUUUCAGUGAGCCCCUGGAGGUCACAACCAACACAGUGCCUUCUCGGAUCAUUGGAGAUGGGGCCAACUCCACAGUCCUUCUGGUCUCCGUAGCUGGCAGUGUGGUGCUAGUGGUCAUUCUCAUCGCAGCUUUUGUCAUCAGCAGGAGACGGAGUAAAUACAGUAAAGCCAAGCAAGAGGCAGAUGAAGAGAAACAUUUGAAUCAAGGUGUUAGAACUUAUGUGGAUCCCUUUACAUACGAGGAUCCCAACCAAGCAGUUAGAGAAUUUGCCAAAGAAAUCGACGCAUCCUGCAUUAAGAUAGAAAAAGUCAUAGGAGUUGGUGAAUUUGGUGAAGUCUGCAGUGGGCGUCUCAAAGUGCCUGGCAAGAGAGAGAUCUGUGUGGCCAUUAAGACGCUGAAAGCCGGUUAUACGGACAAACAGAGGAGAGACUUCCUGAGUGAGGCCAGCAUCAUGGGACAGUUUGACCACCCGAAUAUAAUUCACAUGGAAGGCGUCGUCACCAAAUGUAAACCAGUGAUGAUCAUAACAGAGUACAUGGAGAACGGCUCUUUGGAUGCAUUCCUCAGGAAGAAUGACGGCAGAUUCACAGUCAUUCAGCUGGUGGGCAUGCUUCGUGGCAUUGGGUCUGGAAUGAAGUACUUGUCUGAUAUGAGCUAUGUGCAUCGAGAUCUGGCUGCACGGAACAUUCUGGUAAAUAGCAACUUGGUCUGCAAAGUGUCCGAUUUUGGCAUGUCCCGAGUACUUGAGGAUGACCCGGAAGCAGCUUAUACCACAAGGGGUGGCAAGAUUCCUAUCCGGUGGACUGCGCCAGAAGCAAUUGCCUAUCGUAAAUUCACAUCAGCAAGUGAUGUAUGGAGCUACGGAAUCGUUAUGUGGGAAGUGAUGUCGUAUGGAGAGAGACCCUAUUGGGAUAUGUCCAAUCAAGACGUGAUUAAAGCCAUUGAGGAAGGCUAUCGGCUACCCCCUCCAAUGGACUGUCCCAUCUCACUCCACCAGCUGAUGUUAGACUGCUGGCAGAAGGAGAGGAGUGACAGGCCUAAAUUUGGGCAGAUUGUCAACAUGUUGGACAAACUCAUCCGCAACCCCAGCAGCUUGAAGAGGACGGGAACCGAGAGCUCCAGACCCAACACUGCCUUGUUGGAUCCAAGCUCCCCUGAAUUCUCCGCCGUGGUAUCGGUGGGCGACUGGCUGCAGGCCAUUAAAAUGGACCGGUAUAAGGAUAAUUUCACGGCUGCUGGUUAUACCACACUAGAGGCUGUGGUGCACAUGAACCAGGAGUAAGUACUCAGCGAUGUAACACAAAAGGCGACCUGGCACGAAUCGGCAUCACAGCUGUCACCCACCAGAAUAAGAUUUUGAGCAGCGUCCAGGCGAUGCGAACCCAAAUGCAGCAGAUACACGGCAGGAUGGUUCCCGUCUGAGCCAGUACUGAAUAAACUCAAAACUCUUGAAAUUAGUUUACCUCAUCCAUGCACUUUAAUUGAAGAACUGCACUUUUUUUACUUCGUCUUCGCCCUCUGAAAUUAAAAAAAACAAAACAAAAACAAAAUCAAAAAACCUAUCUGCAGUGUUGCUUGGUGUACAGAAUGCUGGAAAAUGGGGCUCCCAGAAAUGACCAGUGUCAUUUGAAUUCGACCUGGAACAAAUUGUUUCUCAGAAGUACUGGGUCCAUCGCCAGUUUGUAAAAUACACAUACCUGUGCAAAUAGGACUCCGCCUCUGAGUUUUGAUGCUGUACCUGCUGCCGGACACUGGGCUUCUCUGAGACAUCCUGAUCCUCACUCCAUUUGGAAUUACAACUGUAGUAUUUUGUUUGUGGCAUAAAUGACAGUCCUCCUUCUUUCACUGGAAUGAAGGCCAUGCCCAGGAACAUUUCUGAAGGACUCACUUGUAGCUAUUAAGGCUUGGUUCAUGCCAGGGGGAAGAAUGCAGGUGAAAACCGGGUGGCUCAUCAGUGUUGUUCCUCAAAGCUCAGGCCACCUGGUGGAUUGUGAUGCCAUGAGGGGAUGGAAAGAAAAAGAAAGUGGAUUUAAAAAUAAUAAUAAUAAUAAACCCCAAACACCCUACAUCCCUGACUGGACAAACGAGGUCUGUUUCUUUGGGCCUGAGGCUGUGCCAUAGAGUCGUAUUUUGGGACUCUACAAACUUACCGUAACUACCUUACGGAUAGUGGACUGUGACAAUCUUGAAUAGGGAAUGUUCACACUUCCCUUCUUUAAAGAGGCAAACCCAAAUCUCCAAGGUAAGGCAAACACAAAACGAAAAAAAAAGCAAUGAAUUCUUCUCUGAUGAAAACAUCGUUUUUUGAAACUUGAUCUUAUUUGAAACAUUGAGUAGAAAAUAAGUUUUCAGGUCUGUCAGGUAGUUUGCGGUUCUUUCAGUAUUUCAAUCCUCUCUUCACAGCGGGAGAGAAGACCAAAACCAAUAUGGCUUCCCUACUGUUCUCCCAGGAAGAAGUGAAAUAAGAGCCAUAUUUGAUCAGGGAGUAGAUUCUGCUAUCUUGGCCUCACAGCCCUUCCUGUUGAUUACAAAGCCCACAAAGAAAACAGAACACACCCUUCUUGGUUCCUUAGAAAUGUGUUUCUUCUGCUUCUACUAUGCCAGUUCUGGAGCAAAGACAUUGAUGAAACAGCACCCAAUACCUGAAAUAAAUAAAUCUAUGACUUUCAAAUCCCCUUUCCAGUGAAAGAAGCAGCAAACAUUCAAGGUUCGGCAUCUAUUCUCCGGUUGCACUGAGGAAUGUACUGUCUCAAAGCACCAGCUCUGCAGAACCCUUGUUCCCAAACUCCUUGUGGUUUUAUUUAUAUCUCUUUCCAUAUCUCAUUGCUGUACGUCACUGCUGCAUUGGUGUGGCAGCAAGUGACCAAAGGCAACAGGUUUUAUUAUGGACACCAGGUCAGGUGCCACCACACAACACAAAGCCAGUUCCCAUGAACUGCCUAUGAUAUGCAUUGCUGAAGUAACAUUUUACCCAGGGUGUGCCAUUGCAGUGAUAUAAAUAUAUUUUUUUCCUAGACUAAAUAUGAGCUGACUAUCUGUUUUGAUGUGUGUACAUAGGUGUGAGUGUGUGUGGAUGCGUGUGGAUGUGUGUGUGUGUGUGUGUGUGUGUGUGUGUGUGUGUGUGUAAAAUCAUGCUUAGAACUGCCUGUGAAUGUUGUGGAAUGCUACACCUGAAGAGUUCUGGUUUUCCACCAGUUCUGAGAUGAAGAGCCACACAAAAUAGUGGGCUGGAGACCAUGCCCAUCCCCUUAGAAGGAAACCCAGAAAUGUUAAAUGUCUGUAUUUAUGUUGUAUUUUAUAGCUGCCACACUAACCUUAAUAAGUAAUUAUACAGCUUUGGGCAGAGCAUUUUCACCUUAGUGGUGGAGUAAUCUUAGAAUAUAAAUAUAAACCCAUUCAAGUGACAUUCCAUCUUCAAAGUCACAAUUCUGAUUGAACUCCUCAUCUGAAUCACUAGUUCCUUGAUGGAGAGAGAGAGAAGGGGAUGGAAUUUGUCUGGUAACCCCAAAUGGAAUACAAGUAGCCUUUGUUUUCCUGCAUAAAUGGACUUGAUGAAUGCGAACAAAUAUAUGCAAUUCAUAUACUUUUGGAGAUGAACGUAGACAUGUAUGUCAGCUUUGAGAUGAUAUGUCCUGGAUUAAUAUUUUGUCUCCCAAUGUCACAGAAAAAUGUAUGCCGGUGACUCUUGAGGUUAGCAUAGAUGGGAUUAAAUGGUCUCGAGCAAUUUCAGGUUCCCAAUUACAUGGAAAGUUCUACAGUUAUUAAUAUAGAGCUAACUCCUAUGGCCCACAAAAAUGUAUCAGCCUUCUAGAAUCUGAGGUCCACUGUGCAAAGAUUCUGUUUUGAUAUGUAUACCAAACUCCAGCCAACAUACUGCCAUGUUUCAUAAUUGAGUGGCUGCCUUGCUUAUUUUAAGCUAUGGUUGCAGAAACUGUGGCCAUUUAUAUAAGCUAUAACAUCAAAUCAGGGAAAAAUGGGAAACAAAAGAUUCUGAACCCUAUAUUGUUGAAUAAGUAAAAAAAAAUCAUCAAUAAAUAUUUAUUGCAUUCUGACAGGGUGUAUGGCAUUGUAUUCUCAGAACUAUGCCAGAGUGACAAAGUUAAUUCACCCCUUUUUGGGGACCUUAAUAUAUUUUUAAAGGGAUGUGCCUAUGCAUUAAUGCCUGAAAAAUAUGUAUAAAGAAAUGAGGUUGAAUCUCUGAGCAAGUCACCUUUCCCCAGAGGUAAGGGCAGGAGGCCAGCUUUAGGGACUGGGUCUAGCCCGAUGAGUUAGUGCUGACCUAGUGAGUUCAGAACUACCAGUAGGAAGCAUUAAGCUGGUCCCCUGCACCAAAUCAAGUAGCUUCACCAUGUGUCCACUGGCCCCAAAUUAUUUUUAACAAUUUUAUGAAUAAAAAGUUCUGGUGUGUUUUGAAAAGUUAUUUUAAAGGAAGGCUGUGCUCACUACACUGCUGGUGUGUGUGUUUUGAGAGCUCUUGUAUUCAAUCUGUGAAGGAUAUGUAUAUUAAUCCAUACACGCGUAUAGCCUCAAUAUUUGUCUGAAGACACUUAAAUUCUGACCAAUAAAGCAAAGUUCUAGAAGCAAUAUUUUCACUUAUUUAACAUUCUCCAAACAACAUCAAGCAUUGAUACACACUGAAGAGUGUAUUUGUUAUUUUUUAUCACUCCAAAUAUGUUGGAAUAUGCAAGGACUGUGGUUAAAAUUAGAAUGUAUAAGGCAUAUUAUAAUUUAGUUCAUACUGAAAAAUAAAUUAACUGAACAUUGCUUGGUUCAUGUUCCAAAAUUUGAGCAAUUUCUUGAGUUAGACAUAGAAUUUCUAUUUUGUUUUAAUUUGUCAAGGUAUUUUCUUCCCUUCAUAAAACUUAGGUACACAUAACUUAUGUCAUUUAUUUAUGGUCUUUUAUACCUAGUUUGUAAAAUUGUAAAAUAGCAAACUAAAUGCAAAGAGUUUGCAUUUGAAAACAAUAAAGUAGUUGCCAUAUUCAAACCUGGAA